AUGAGUAAAGAAGAAGCACAUAAUAGAGUGGAGCUGGAUGACGUGGGUGUUCAAUUGGAUGAGGACGACGAAGAAGACCUCUUGGAGUAUAAUGAUGAAGUUGCAGAGGAACAGUCAUCAGACGCUAAUAUUCGCAAUGUGGCGGAGACUUUAAUGAAAAAAAAGCUACCUAAAGUUACCGUGGAAUAUGAAGAUACAACAUUUUUGCUGUUUGCAUCAGAGGAUGAGGGCGAAAUUAACAACCCAAUAAUAUGUGAAAACACUGCUCUUUAUCAACGUCCCAUGGGUGAAUUUAUGGAAUCCAUUCGCCAAUUCAUGGGGAGUCGCUAUGGUAGUUUAGCCUUUGCUACGAAAGAGCUGGUCUUACGACUAAGAAGUCUAGAUCUGACUCUUUUUGAGGAUAAUGUCUAUAACAACCAUAUUUCAUUCAAUGACGUUUAUACCAUAUUUAAGAUCCUUAAGGAAAGAUCAGAGUCGGAUUUGGAAACUGAUAUACCGACGCAUUUGGCUAUUGAAUUAACCACAAGGCCGAGGUUUGUCUCUCGCUACAAUGCCUUGGUUGAGUUGACUGAAAGCUCGGCUACAUUGAAGAAUAUCAAACCGUUUUCUAACGACGAAACGCAUCCUCUAAUCUUAGAUGAUAAUGAUCAACCUGUGCAUCAAAAUACUUCAGAAGUUAUUGUGAUGGACAUAGAUGAUGAUGGAGAAGGCGGCCCGGAAGACCAAGACAGCCCGAUUUAA